AUGGAGUUGCUCCGAACCUUCGCGUCCGAAUCCUCGUUCCACGGACUUUCGCAUCUGGUCCGGGCCGGAACUCACUGGUUGGAGAAGAUGUUCUGGCUGUGCGUACUCCUGUUUUCGGUCGUCUACUCCGUCAACCUGUGCCACACGCACUGGGAGCGCUUCCGCGACAACGCCACCGUGCUGAACGUGGAAACGGACUAUCUGAGCUGGCAGUUUCGUCCACCGGCGGCCACCGUUUGCUUUGAGCACGUGACCGAGGCAACGCUGGCCGAGCUCGUCUCGAGAUACUGGAAAGUGACCACGAAUCAUACCCGUUACCUGUACUAUCGCCAAUUUCUGCUCACGGUCAAUCGGGCUCGGUACGACAAUUUGUGGUCCUUCGAACCGUUCGCGAACGACUCGACGCUCGACGGCAACGUCAGUAUGAUCGAUUUGGUGCGCGAGCUCCACCAACCGUGGACACCGCCCGGGAAAUCGUUUGCCCCGGUCCUGACGGAGGUGGGCAUUUGUUACUCGUCGACCGCUCUGUACCACCUUCAGAGCCCGGACGUCGAAGGGCCGCCAACGGAGUACUUGCGGGCAAGGGCCGACAGUUGCAGCACGCUGGAUGUUUGCCGAGCGAUGGUCGCCAUGAGCCACACCGACGCCACCCGGAACGAUGUAUACAUCCACAUAGAGGAGGACGUAAUGACGGGAGACAGCCCUAUCCACUAUGUCCUCGGGGAGCACCACAUCGUCAGCUCGGUCCUGUCGGUGGAGCAGAUUGUCGCUUCCAAGGCCGUAAAGCAGCUAUCCAGCGGACGGCGCAAGUGUCGCCUUCCGACCGAAGGUCUGCAACAUUUUGGCGUUUACACGAUGAAUUUGUGUCGCAUCGAUUGCCGCAUUGAGGCCGCCCUUCGCCUCUGCGAGUGCGUUCCGUUCUUCUACAACAUCGGGAAACCCUUCUGCAAAUCGGCCGGUCUGUACUGCUUGGCGAUGCACUACGAAAGCUGGUACCCGACGGACAACUGCAGCUGUGCGCCCCUCUGCGAGUUCGUCUCCUAUCGGCAGAUCUCGUUUAAGCGAAAGGUGGUGGAACAGGCGAACAGCAAACUCGAAACGCAAAUCAUUUACCCGCGCAUGAGGAUGAAGCGUGACGUCCUGUUCGAUAUCAGCAACUUAAUCGUUUCAUUCGGUGGCUGCGCGGCACUGUUUCUCGGCUGCAGUUUCAUUAGCUUCGUGGAGAUUGCAUUUUUCGUCCUGGAGUAUCUUCUCAAACGGAUCUCGGCGUACCGUCAGCGAGCGUCGGGGAACAUUGUACCGCAAUUCGUACCAGAAGGGACGCGAUAUUGA